CAACGCACGACAUUCCAGUUUUCAAUUGGAGAAACAAACCCGAUAACGACCCCUUGCCCUCUCAAGUCGGGGUCACGAGCAUCGCCCAGGCAGGCGAUCUGGACAGGCACUGGCAAGAUUUUGAAAACAGAGCGCGAAACCCUUUCGCAAACACUACGCCUGUCGCUGUCGUCCCGCGAAAAGAUACGGCGGCAUUCCAGUUCUUCCCGCGGUGUUGCACCUCAUCUCUCACAUGGCGACAAGGAUUCUUGCUCAACAGCGCAAACAUCAACAUGAUUGAAAAGUACAUGAUCAUUGCAGAUGACAAGUUCUGGGAACGCGGCAACGAGUUGCAGGAGCUCGCAGAUGCACUAGGAGCUCCAACAUGGGCCCUCAAACAAUUCUUCGAAAAGAGGAUCAAGGAGCCAAACUUUACUCAACGGACGAGAAACGUCUUUCAAGAUCUGGCAGCAGAGGACCGCAAGAUUGUUCGCGCAAGAAUUGGUUUAAAGGCCUCCACAGUCAAGAGGCAACGCCGCGAGUGGUUCAACAACCGCUUGGAGGAAGCGCUAGAUCAAUUCCCAGCUGCUCGCGAAGAGCGAGAUUUCUUGGAGAAGCACUUGAGCGCCCACAGAGCAAAGUGGAUCGCAGGUGCUCUUGAUGUGACCAUCGGAGACAUGCGAAUCAUGAUCAAAACGAGUGUCAGAAAAGCUGCGGACAGUGUACACCGCCGCAAAGGCAAACUCGCUUCGAAAACCCCGAGGACCAAAGGCCCUCUUGAUGGCCCCGCAAAGCGAGCAUGCCGCACCGCUGCCCCAGGUGAUUUCCAAUGGACGCCUCAAAUCGACGAGGUCCUGCGGGACUGUGCCGCGAUUUUACGCGCACGGCACGUGGCCCGCGGCCAUCGCAGAGUCAAUUGGAGUGCGAUCGCGCAAGUCUUUUCUCACUUCCGAAAUCCAUCGAUGGAAUGCAAGAGGCGUCUUGAACACCUUCAAGAGGUACAUGUGGGCGAGGUUGAGUAUCUCGCUGCGUUGCAAGCGGAGUGGAUGCGUGUCUGGAAGAAACAUGCUGGAACGCCAGCCCUUCCGGACGAUGACCCUCGUGAUGUGGUCAACUUCGAUCUUAGAGCACACGUGCUGUUCUUGCGGAAAAAUGUUGACAAGGACGCAGUGUGAGUGCGACGGCUUACCAGAAAUGCAACAAAGCUGACCAACGACCCAACCUCCUUUGCAAAGACUAAGCGUUGCAGAAGGUGAAGAUAUCGAUGACCUUCCAUUGGACACUAUCGACCUUUCAACCCAGUGGCUGCCAAAUGCCAACGAACGCAGGCAAGGUCUACUGGAGAAUUUCUUUGCAUUGGACACCAAAGCAACUCAGGACACGCGGGAAACCGAUCCUCUGUUGCUACCCUUCACGAAGGAUAUAACUACCGCGAUGUCACCCGAAAUUGGGGCGUUGCUUCCUCGGGCGGCGGUCAAGAUGGUCUUUAUUUCGGAUUCGGACCGCGCGAAAGGCCUCGAGGCCGUUGGGAGGCAAUUCGGGACAACAGCAGUAAAUGAUGCUAUUCAAGCGCUGCAUCAGUCUGC